AUGGUUUGCGUCGGAAAAAGGAAUAACCCGACCCCUCGACGGAGGCAGCGGCCACGUCCAGCAUCAUCCCCCGCUUCCAUUUGCUUCCCCGUCGCCAUCGCUGCCGUCUCUUCCCCCCAUGCUAACCCCAUCGGUGCUGUGCCGAGGAAUGCCCCUGUCGAGGACGAAAAUCCCUCCCCAAGGCUCACGUCUCGUCACACGAAUGGCACGCAGAUGGUGCUGCUCCUCUGGCGUCACGCUCGUCUGUCCCGAACCACCCUUUGUCCUCGAGUCGUCAUCACCUCCAUCAUCCGUGACAGUCACGCAUCACCCACCGCCAUCCUGACCCCUUCCUCGGAGGCAAAAAUGGGGCAAGGAAAAGGAGCAGACGGCGGACAGGAUCGGCCGCUCGACGGCAAGGUGUACGCCAUCACAGGCGGCGCCAGCGGCAUCGGCCUCGCCACCGCCAAGCUCCUGUCGAGGCGAGGGGCGACGGUUUGCAUCGGGGACGUGGACUCGGCGGCGAUGAAAGAGGUCGAGUCUCAUUUCGGCUCGCUCGGCGUGCCGUGCGCCGUCGCCCGCGUGGACGUCUCGAACCGCGGCCAGGUCGACGGCUGGAUCCGCUCCAUCGUCGAAAGCUACGGACGCUUGGACGGUGCGGCCAACGCGGCCGGCAUCAUCGGCAAGGCCCACGGCAUCGCCGCCGUCUCCGAGCUCGAGGACGAGGAAUGGGACAAGAUCAUCGCCGUCAACCUCACGGGCACCAUGUACUGCCUGCGGGCGGAGCUGCGGAGCGUCGUCGACGGCGGCUCCAUCGUCAACGUCUCGUCCAUCCACGGACUCAAAGGCUUCGCGAGACACGCGGCGUACGACGCGAGCAAGCACGGCGUCGUCGGCCUCACCAAGGCGGCCGCCAUGGAGAAUGGCGGCCGCGAGAUCCGCGUCAACAGCGUCGCGCCCGGCGCCAUCUACACGCCGAUGAUGGAGAAGAGCUGGGCGUCCCACGGCCGGCCGAAGGAUGCGCCCUUUGACGAGCCGUCGGCCUUUCAGAGGCAGGGAACGGCCGAGGAGACGGCCCAGGUGAUUGCCUUUCUGCUCGGCCCGGAGAGCUCCUUUGUGAGCGGCAGCGUGUACGAGGUCGACGGGGGUUGGAUGUGA